AAAACAUGUGCCUGAGUAUUCGGUGAAAUCCAGACCUCAUGAUCAGGGCGGCCGAACUAGGGGAAAAAAAAUAAAAUAAAAACACUAGCGUUUCUUUUCCUCUCGACACCUUUAAAAGAUUUCAAAGUUUGUGUCACUUCAGGUAAUGACAGUCGCUUUGCUCGCAGGGCGUCUGAGGUGUCAGGAAAUCACAUGGAGGUGCUCUUGCGCUCACAUGACAGUCUGAACCAUGGCUGGAGAGAUCAAUGAAGGCUCAGUUCCUGCCUAUUACAGGGAAGUGUAUGAGGCCAUCCGCUGUAGGACAGAUGAGAGGGUGCAGGUCGAAGUGUUUCAGCGGUUGCUCCAACGGACCGAUCUCUCCAAGGCGGUUUUAGGCCAGAUCGCUGAGCAUGUUGACUCCACAGAUGGAUUCCUGAGCAAGUUGUCCCUCUACAAAGCGCUCGCCCUGAUCGCUCUCGCUCAGCAAGGGAAGGAGCCCAGCCCCAAGCUCUUGGAGAACUGCAUACAGGAGUUUCCAAAACCUCAGCUCGGGGAGCCGAGGGACUUGAGUGCGCUGAGGAUGCAGCCGGCUCAAGAGGACGUACUGACGGUGUCCCAGACGCUGGACAAACUGCUGGCCCAGGACACAGUCCAGGUGGAGCUCAUACCCGAGAAGAAGGGCCUGUUCCUCAAACAUGUGGAGUACCAGGUCACCAGCCAGCGGUAUAAAAUAUCCGUUUACCGACGCUACAGCGAUUUUGAUGUCUUCCACGAGGUUCUGAUCCAGAGAUUUGCCUACAGAAUGGUGCCGGCACUGCCACCUAAAAGAAUGUUAAAAGGAGUCCUGACCAACGUCUCCGAGCGCGAGUUCAUCGAGGGCAGGCGACGCGCCCUCGGCAGAUUCAUCAACCUGGUGGCGCGGCAUCCCUUCUUCUCAGAGGACGAGCUGGUCAAGACCUUCCUCACCUUCAGCGGCUCCGAUGUUCAGACUAAGCUGCGUGACACUUACAAGAAAACGGGGGAUGAGUUCAUGACCAACAGAAUUGCAACCCUGGCAAAGGAAUAUCUCCCCGCCGACAUCCAGGCUCAGUUCUCAGCAAGCAGAGAGCUGAUUAGAAAUAUUCACAACAGCUUCCAAAAGCUGCGGGACAGAGCCGAGAAAAUGGCGGAGCGCUCGAAGGAGAACGCAACUGAUCUCCUCAUGUUUGGCAAAGAGCUCAGCACGCUGGGCUCAGAUGCUUCGUCUCUUCCCUCCUUGGCCUCCUCACAAAGUACCUGGGGGACCCUGCGUCAGUCUCUGAAGAGUCUGUCCGUGGAGUUUGCCGUGCUGUCUGACAAAGCUGCUCAGCAGGGCCGACGGGAGGAGGACGACGUUGUGGAAAAACUGAAUCUUUUCCUGGAUUUGCUGCAAUCAUACAGAGAUCUCUGCGAGCGCCACGAGAAGGGCGUCCUCCACGAGCACCAGAGAGCUCUGCACAAGUACAGCGUGAUGAAGAGGCAGAUGAUGAGCGCCACAGUGCAGCCCAAAGAGCAGGCGUCUGUGGAGCAGCUGGAGUCACGGAUUGUUCAGCAAGAAAACGCCAUUCAGACGAUGGAGCUGCGUAACUACUUCUCCCUGUUCUGCCUCCACCAAGAGACGCAGCUCAUCUUCAUCUACCUUCCCAUCACAUCCCACAUCCUCGGGGCUUUUGUUAACUCCCAGGUCCAAGGACACCGAGAGAUGGGAGAGGUGUGGAACGAACUCCAGCCAAAGCUCGGAUGUCUCUUCGGUGGUAAUAACGGACUGAGACGUCCCAUCUGAAACCCGAAAGACACAGAAGUGGAAGGAGGGGAAAACUGCAGCGGACGAGGAUCACAAACUGGAAAAGAACUUUUAAAAAUUAAGAAUGCACAACCUCUCGUCAUCCCAUUACACAGUAUACAUUUCUCUCAAUAAGAGGAUUGUUAAUGUAAACGGAUUCUCAACUUCUCGACUUAUUUUGGGGGUUUGAUCAUCGACCAUGUAAGUGGAAAACACGCUGGGCUCAUAAAUCUGCCAUUUCAUGCUCCGCUUGAUGAGCAAAUUAUUUCCUUUUUUCCAAACGAAGGAGGGAAAAUCCUCUAACAGUUAUUUUAUUUAAGGGAGCAGUCGGCACGUCGGCCUUGAAGGAUGAUGGUAAACUCAUGCAUUCCCACUCAUUUCCUGAAGCACCUGUUUAUAACUUUUAACUUUUUAAGAGGUUUUAUACACUAAGAUAGCUGAGGAAGAGUAGCGCUGGUCAGACAGUUAGACUUUAUUAAAGGAUGGGAUUAUUUUAAAUCUCCAGUCAUGAAGGUUUUUUUGCUGAAUAACUUUAGACGAAAUGAUUUUUGAUACAGAUUUGUAGUUCAUAAGGACGUGUAGCAUCGUACUUCACAUGUUUAUGGACGCUUGUGCUCCUUCUCUCACUGUUAUAGUAUUUACUUCUUUGCUUUCUCCGCUUAAAUUGUUUGAAGACUGUUUUAUUUUAUAAGCUACUUUGAAAGGCUUACACUCAGAGUACAAAUACUACAAAGGGCAGAGAUUUGAGAUUUAUUGAUUAAAAAAACCCAACAACCUCUGGCACUAGUGUCAAAAAUAACACUAUAAGCUAUUGAUUAACUACCAAAGAUCUAUUAUAUAAAUUCACUAAAAAUACACAGCUGUGCAAUAAGUCACGUAACAAGAUUCCUAAGCAGUUAAAAUGUAAUAAUAAAUAACUUGGCCAAAUCACCUUAUAGAGUAUUUUUUCACAGUUGUAGAUUUAAAUUUGUUUAGUGAUGUGUAUCAGGGCAAAGAGAUGGUAACCCUGAACGGCCAUGAGUAAAACAUUAUUUAAUUUUGUUUCCAUGUUAAUGAUGUACAUUUGAUUUUUUUUUUUCUCACAAUCUUGAUAAAUGAUCUUGUUAUUUCAGGAAAACAACAUUGCAUUGACUUAUCACAGGAAAACUGAGAAAAUAUGUUUGACUCAUUUGUCUCUUUUGGGCUUCCGUACCUAAACUAUGCUGUCAAAAUUCAAACAUUUUCCAUUAUCCUCUCACAACAACUUAAAGUUGUUUAACUUUUAACGUGAUAAUGGCAUAUGAAGGUUUUGUUUUCUGAAAACCCUGAGAAAAUGAUCUCAUUAUCUCAGAGAAACCAGGAAAAAAUUACCAUGUUAUGUAAAAUUGAAGGAAAAAAUAUGUCUGACCCAUGGCUGUUUAAGGCUUCCAUACAAAGAUCUACAAUAUUACUACUUUUUAGAUAUUUGGCAUGAAAACCAUGAUCUAUAUUUGUGACUGUACACAUGUAGUUUAUCAGAGCAUAAUAUAUAAAUGGAUACAUAUAUUAUUAAAGUAAAAAAGGGACACUUUGCCACAGACGGGCUCAUGAAUUUAAAGUUACCUCACAAACACACCAAGCUGACUGACCGGAAAGUAAAGGACGUGUGCACGUAGUUCAACUUUUAUUUUAUAAAGAAACUGAAACAUUUGUGCAUACAGUUUGAACACAUUUGAAAAGAAAAACAGUAUCAGGAAUCAGGUUGACUUGCACAGAAUAUGAACCCAAUAAAAUUAUGACUGUAGAUAUUGUAAAUAUUUUAUCUAAGAAAUCCUUGCUGAAUUGUGUAAAAUCAGUUAUCCUGAAAAAUAAAAACACAGGAUUUUUCUUUCACUGUA